UCCACUUGCCAUUGCCAGUUAUCCUGCCCUGCUUACAAGAUAUAUAGAGCUCGAUCACAUGCAGUGUUCAAAGACACCGAUGCUCUAGACAGAGGAAGAGAGAGGAGAGAUGGGCAGCCAUUACAGGUUCAGACUGUCCCAUCUCAUGCCAAACUCUUGGUUCUACAAGCUGAGGGACAUGAAGAGACCCAGACCACCAAGCCAACCAAGAAGCUGUGCAGCUACAAGAACGCCAAGGAGAUCAUCAUCAAGCCACUACUGCCAUGGAACCAGCACCCCGAAACCUCUUCCAUUACCAGCACGCCAAUCCUACUCCUCCUACCUACAAGCAAAGAAAAUGCCACCGGAGAAGCUGCGCCUCUCUCCUCUCUGCCUCAGCCCAAGGGCAACAAGCAUCCGAUUCCCCAACGAUCGUCAUCAGUCACCAUCAUCGAGAAGUGCCGCCGCCGUCUUCGACGAUUUUCAAGGCUUGCAACUACGUCCAAUUCGCACAAGGCCAGCGCCAAUCGCAUCGAGAAGUGCGCACCACAGCACGACCGCGAGCAGUACGUGCCCGAGCUCGCCGAGGCUCAGGAGCAGAAGGCUUCGUCUAUCCAGCAGUGGUUUUGGCAGAGUUAGCGCCAGGUGCACUGCUCGCCGGAGAAGCGCGAGGAGGAGCAUCGCCGUCGUGGUGGCGUCGACGGACCCGCACAAGGACUUCAGGGAGAGCAUGGUGGAGAUGAUUGUCGGGACCGACAUGCGUGGAGCAGAGGCUCUGAGGGACCUCCUUGAUUGCUAUCUGUCAUUGAACUCGAGGGAGUACCAUGGAGUAAUCACGGAGGUGUUCAGGGGAAUCUGGCUCCAGAUUAUCCGUGACGGUGUUGAGAUAUGAGGAACAAUUCCGAGCUGUAAAUCAUGUGUUGUUGGGAUGUAUAGAUCUGUGAAUAAUGUGUAUGUGCCGCUUGAGUUGUCUGUGUGUGAUAUACUGAUAGUCCUACUUGCUACUGUAUUUGUCA